AUGCCCCACGACUACAAGCCCUCUCCACCCCAGGAGCACCCGAUAGAUCAUCUCAUCGAGGAGGCGGGUACCGAGUGGUUCAAGCUGAUGGCGAGGGAGACCCAUGACUUGUCAUCGACGGCAAAGGCAUACCGCGCGAGGAGAGGACGCCACCCUCCUCCGGGGUUUGGCCAGUGGUACAAGUUCGCGAAGGACCACGAUGUCGUCAUGGUGGAAGACUUCUUUGACCAGAUAUAUCACGAUCUUACUCCUUUUUGGGGCGUCGAAGCGAAGAAGAUACGGCGGCAGGCGAAGCACUUUACCCACGUCAUCAGUGUCAGGAACGGCACCGCAACGUACAAGACAGACCAUGACAGGAUAUGGAUGACGCUGUGGCACAAUCUCACUGCCACAAUACAGGAGUAUCUUCCCGAUGUCGACAUUCCAAUCAAUGUCAUGGAUGAGAGCAGGGUGAUUGUGCCAUGGGAGGACAUCAACGAGUAUGUUAAGGCGGAGGGUGACUCGAGGAAGUUCAUGCCAAAACUGGAAGUCGUGACCCAGCUCUCGGGCUUGGAGGAAUUGGACAAGGAUCCUGGUGAGCCAUCUGCUCCGGAAUGGAUUACAAGCGGAUGGUACUGGGAUACUGCUCGUGUCGGAUGUUCUCCAAGUUCGCCCUCGCGGCGUGUUCCUGCAACUAGAGACUUUUCAGGUCCUCCUCCUGUACCACCUGGUUACCCUGACAACUCGUAUCAGGGCUAUGUACGAAACUGGACUGCGGCCAAAGAUCCAUGCCUCCAACCAGAUCUUAGAGGGUCGCAUGGCACCUUCGUUGAGCCCAUCUCUCAGCGGACGACCCGGUCACUAUUUCCCAUGUUUGGCGGUUCCAAGUUACCAGUUAACAAUGACAUUCUGAUCCCGCCAGCAAUGUACUGGACCAAAGAUGCCUUCUAUUCCGGUGGCGAGAUGCAUGGAAGUGAGUGGGAAAAGAAGACAACAAAGGUGAUGUGGAGAGGAGGAGGAACUGGGGGCCGCAACAAAGCUGAAAACUGGACGCGGUUCCAGCGUCAUCGCUUCGUCUCCAUGGUAAACGGAACAGCCGUUCAAUUGGCUGAGAAGAAUGUCGAUGGUGCCGGCCAGGGACCCAACUUCAUCCUCCAGUCGUAUAAGACAUAUCACCUAACCGCAACACAGUACAUGGACUUAGGUACCUGGCUCAGUCAGAUCACGGAUGUUGGGAUGGUGAAUCUUAUCUGCUUUCCGGCCUCAGGCAGCCCCCGCUGUCCGUAUACAGAUCAUUAUUUUCGAGUCAAGUCUGGGAUGCCAAUGGCGAAGCAGUACGCUUACAAGUUCCUACCAGAUCUUGAUGGGAAUAGUUUCAGUGGUCGCUAUCGGGGAUUCCUCAAGUCCACCUCUCUCCCGAUCAAGGCGACCAUCUAUUCCGAAUGGCACGACUCGCGGCUCGUGCCGUGGGUCCACUUCGUUCCCAUGGAUAACUCUUUUGUUGACAUAUACGGCAUUCUGGACUAUUUCAUUGGAACUGGCGUCGACUUCAAGACGGACGGUGGAGGAGUGGUGAUGGAGGGUGCACACGACGCCGCUGCUAACAAGAUUGCCACAGCCGGCAAGGACUGGGCGGAGAAAGUGCUAAGACGAGAAGACAUGCUGAUCUACGUGAUGAGGCUGUUCAUGGAAUACGCACGGAUAUGUGAUGACCAGAGAGACCAGCUCGGCUUCAUUGGCGAUCUUGAGUGA